AACAUAGCAAAUUGGGUGUCUUAAUCACUACAAACUGAAAAAAGGAAGAAUAGUCUCCCACUUUGCCCUGAAAAAUCAUAAGUGAAAAUACAGAAAAAAAUAAACUUUAGUAAAAGAAGCAACAAGAAUAGGAAAAAGGGUAAUUAAAGAAAAAAAAAGAAACAAAUACUCUCAAAUAUGCUGCUUUUUUUUAGUUUAUCCUUGAUAAGAAAUAGUAAAAUAGAAAAUUCUGAUACCAAAAAGUUGUUUGUGCUGAUUCUAGCAAAACUGCUUUGCAAAACUAUAAAAGAUAGAUGCUUGCUGUCUCCUGUUUAGGUGGUUCCUUCAACUGAUACCGAGAUGCUGUUUUCCGUUGCAGUGAUUAGUUGAGUAGUAAGGAAGUAUAAUUUCUCAAGUGUGAACAACAAGACGCAGAGAUCCCUUGAGUUGCGAAGAUGAAGUUCAUGAAACUUGGAUCCAAGCCUGAUACCUUUCAGUCAGAUGGGAACAAUAUCAGAUAUGUUGCUUCGGAGUUGGCCUCUGACAUCACGGUUAAUGUCGGAGAUGUAAAGUUUUACUUGCACAAGUUUCCUCUUCUGUCCAAGAGUACCUCUUUGCAAAAGCUGUUUGCUAAUGCAAGUGAAGCAAAUUGUGAUGAUGUUCACAUUCAUGACAUUCCUGGAGGACCUACUGCCUUUGAAAUAUGUGCCAAGUUUUGUUACGGCAUGACUGUUACACUGAAUGCUUAUAAUGUCAUUGUAGCAAGGUGUGCUGCUGAGUAUCUGGGUAUGCAUGAAACUAUUGAGAAAGGAAACCUUAUUUACAAGAUUGAUGUUUUCCUGAACUCGAGCAUUUUCCGGAGCUGGAAAGAUUCAAUAAUAGUUCUUCAAACUACUAAGUCUCAGUCACGUUUGUGUGAAGAACUGAAGUUGAUCAGCCACUGCAUUGAUGCUAUAGCUUCCAAGGCUUCAAUUGAUGUUGACAGAGUGGAUUGGUCCUAUACAUAUAACCGGAAAAAGCUUCCAGAGGAGAACGGAAAUGAUCCUAAUUUGAACGGUAUUAGAAGCCGCAUGGUGCCAAAAGAUUGGUGGGUUGAGGACUUAAGUGAGCUUGAAGUUGAUUUAUAUAAGCGGGUAAUUGUCACCAUUAAAAACAAAGGCAUUGUUUCCUCUGAAGUAAUUGGAGAAGCUGUGAAAGCUUAUGCUUAUAGAAGGUUUCCAGGCUUUAAUAAAGGUGUUUUCCAGUUCAAUGAUGUCUCCAAAUGUCGUGCAAUAUUGGAUACGAUUGUAUGGCUAUUGCCCUCUGAGAAAGGCUGCGUCUCUUGUAGUUUCUUGUUAAAACUGCUGAGAGCAUCAAUUUCACUUGAUUCUGGAGAAAUGGCAGAGGCAGAACUAGUUAAAAGAAUAGGGCAGCAAUUGGAGGAGGCUUCUAUAAAUGAUCUUUUGAUUCGAGCGGCAGAUGGGGAAGGAACCUUGUAUGAUGUCCAUGUCGUCCAGAAAAUACUUGAAGUGUUUAUGAUGCGAGAUAAGGAUUCUGAACCUCAGCUAGAAGAUGGAGAUGAAAUUCAGGAGAUCCGAAAGCCUGGGAUUUUAUCGGAAGCUUCAAAACUGAUGGUGGCAAAGCUAGUAGAUGGAUACCUUACUGAAAUUGCGAAAGAUCCUAAUCUCCCUUUGUCAGCAUUUGUUGGUCUAGCUGAGAUGGUAUCCAAUUUUCCUCGACCCGGUCAUGAUGGUAUCUAUCGCGCAAUUGAUAUGUACCUUAAGGAGCACCCUGGAAUCAGCAAGAGUGAGAGGAAGAGAAUUUGUAAGCUAAUGGACUGCAAGAAGCUCUCUGUGGAUGCUUGUAUGCAUGCUGUGCAAAACGAGAGGCUUCCCCUUCGUGUUGUUGUGCAAGUGCUCUUUUUCGAGCAAGUCAGGGCUAAUGCCUCGUCUGGGAGCAGUACUCCGGAUCUGCCCAAAGCAAUUAGGGAACUUAACAGUGCUUCAUAUGGAAGUUCAAGAUCUGCAACAACUAAUACAGAAGAAGAUUGGGAUGCUGCAGCCUCUGCAGAAGAACUCAGGGCCUUGAGAGGAGAGCUUGCAGCCUUAAGAAUGGGAAAUGGAGGAACAAACGACAAAGCUAAUGGCGAUGCCAAGAGUCAAGCAGACAGGGCUGCCAUGAGUAGAAUGAAAGGUUUGCUCAUGUCAAAGAGGAUCUUCUCGAAAAUCUGGUCGAACAAAGGAGGACAAGGGGAGAAUAGUGGCUCAGAUUCGUCCGAGAGUCUUGGAUCUGCUAACUUGGAAGAAGCUAAGUCUACACCUUCAAGAAAAGGAAGGCAUUCAGUUUCUUAGUUCUAACAGCUUAAGGAAUGUACUCUUGGUGCCUUUUUUUGAUGGGUUUUUCUUAAUUGAUAUUAGCAUGUCAAAAAGACUAGUCCUCUUUCUCUGAAGUCCUCUAGAAGAAAAUGAAGGAUAUAGUUUGACAAGAGGAGGAAAUGAAGCCUCUUAUGGGCCAACAAACAGAAGUUUAUUGUAUAGAUGUUCUAACAUUUAGUUGUCCAUGCGAAAAAUUAGGUGGCUCUUCAAUUUUAGGACUCUAAGGUAUGCUAGUACCAUAAGAAAUAUUACUGUGAAUUUAAUUAGGCUUAUGCAUGAAAUGCACAGUGCGGGCACUCAAAUGUGUAGCUUUUGCACAAUGUCUUUCUCCACAAAGCAAUGAUGAAUGGCAAAGGUAAGUUUAUUUUAUAUAUA